GGUGUUUUUGUCAGUUACUCUACCCGUCCAUCAUCUACAAAGGAGGGUCCACAGACAUGGGAAAGCCCCUUUACCCGCCGGUACCAGCAAAGGACAAUGGCGCACCUCUGCGUCCGUACAUGCUCGACCAGGAGUCUGCUUCAAGUGAUGACAGCGACUUUUACCAGGUAUCGGCAUCUGAGGCCAAUGCAACCGAGACGUCAAAACCGGAGGCAUCCAGCGAAGACUCUGGAAAGAGCUCAAUCGAUAGCUCCUCCUCUGUAACCAGUGCAGGUCAAGCGGUCACAGGCGUGUGGGAUCAUGUAUACGCUCUCCUAGCCCUUGGCGCCCUGAUUGCUGUCUGCAUAGCAGCCGCGGCAGCCCCACACUUGUCGAGCGUUUCCAUAUCAGACGCUUUCUUUGCCAAGAUUUGGUCUUUUAUGAGUCCCCAUGUUGAUGCUCAUGUGAAGGACAUCAAGGAAAGUUUAAAUUUGUCGACUGCUUGGGGCAACGUUCUGGAAGUAGGACCGGGCACAGGUGCCAACCUUGGCUACUACUCCAGCAAGGCGGUCACAUCGCUAACCUUGCUUGAGCCUAACACCGCCAUGCACGCUGAGCUGCUGCAUACUGCAUCCAUGGCAGGAUGGAACCCUGAUAUGUUCACACUACGCCUGUCGGCGAACACGAUUGAAUCUGCGUCUUUUCAACCGGCCUCAUUUGACUUUAUUGUGUCUACCUUUGUUCUCUGUUCUGUUGAUGACUUACCCGCUGCAGUAGAAAGGCUGUACGAUUGGCUGAAACCAGGGGGCACAUUUGUGUUUUUGGAGCACAUUGGGGAUGAGAAGGGGAAAUGGGCGCGGUGGGGACAGGAUAUGAUGUCUUUGUUUCUCUGGCCGGCAGUGGCGGGGGGAUGUCGAUUGAAUCACGAUACCGUGACUGUCAUUCAAAAUCUCGAUUGGAAAGUCGACAUUUCAGGAAAAGGUCGAAUGGCGGUCGGAGCCCUGCCUAUCGUAUGGGGAAGAGCAACAAAGAAGAAGGGAUGGUUUGGGUCUAUCUGGCAGUGAUCGCAAGUGGCGUAUGUAUACUGUGCAGAGUGUAAAGCUUGGUUUAUAGGGGCAUUCCUGAAAGCUUAAUGUAAAUAUAGUUGCAUGUAGGUCAUUUCCUGUAAUGUAGUAACAAG